GCUCAGUCCAUCCCUCAAUGCUUUCUCCUUCACUUCGCCCUACUGUUUCGUUUAACACAGAACGUCCUGAACCGCUGCGAAUCGUCAGACAAUAAGAGGUAUGUCCCACAAAGGAGGAGAGAAGUUGAGCAUGGAGAGGAAGGAUGACAAGGGGAGUCCAGCAGCAAAGAACAGUCAGAGCAAAGGAGCUCCCUGUGUGCCAUGUUGCCAAAAGAUCACCAUGGCUGUUCCUCCUGCAUACUCGGACCUGGGAAAAGCCGCCAAAGACAUCUUUAGCAAGGGCUAUGGCUUUGGUAUUGUGAAACUAGACCUUAAGACAAAGGCCCAGAGCGGAGUAAUGGAGUUCGCGACCUCAGGGUCCAGUAACACAGACACAGGGAAGGCAUCAGGUAACCUGGAGACCAAGUACAAGGUGAAGGAGCUGGGGCUGAGCAUCAACCAGAAGUGGAACACAGACAACACCCUGACCACCGAGGUCUCCAUGGAGGACCAGCUGGCUAAGGGCUUGAAGUUGGCUCUGGACACGUCGUUUGUGCCCAACACCGGUAAGAAGAGUGCCAAGCUGAAGACUGGCUACAAACGGGACUUCAUGAACCUGGGCUGUGACCUGGACUUUGACAUGGCCGGUCCCAGUGUCCAUGCUGCUGCCGUACUGGGCUAUGAGGGCUGGCUGGCUGGGUACCAGAUGGCCUUUGACACAGCCAAGUCCAAACUUACCCAGAACAACUUCGCCCUGGGAUACAAGGCUGGGGACUUCCAGCUCCACACCAACGUUAAUGAUGGUACAGAGUUUGGUGGCUCCAUUUACCAAAAGGUGAACUGCCACCUUGAGACAGCCAUCAACCUGGCCUGGACGGCCGGCAGCAACAACACACGCUUUGGCAUUGGAGCCAAAUACCAGCUGGACAAAGAUGCUUCCCUGUCUGCCAAAGUCAACAACGCCAGUCUGAUUGGAGUCGGCUACACGCAGGCUCUCCGGCCAGGAGUGAAGCUGACUCUUUCAGCUCUGAUUGAUGGAAAGAACUUCAAUGCUGGUGGUCACAAGGUUGGCAUGGGCUUUGAGCUGGAGGCAUAAGGCUGAAGGAAAGGGAGGGAUGGGAGAAGAGCAGGAAGAGCCUGGAUCUGACAAGACCUCAAUGACACCUUGACACACACACACACACACGUGUUUUGGCCUUAACCCUGCAGUCCUUAGCACCCUCCGUUCUAUAUUCAAAGGGACAGACUGUGGAGAACAGAGUUCUAUUUUGGUUGUUUUUAGGUUCCCAUGUUUCAUCUCCUUAACAAUACCACUAGAUAAAAUCUGUCAGACCGUGGCACUGGAGCGAACUGUCAGUGGGUCUCCAAUGACACCCUGUUUCACAGUGUAAUACUUCACACAGGGCUGUCAAGUGGUGUGACAUGCAAAAUAUGUACAUCAAGCGAUUUUUCAAUUUCCUCCCCAUAAGCAGACUUUUUUUUUCCCCUGUGUGGGAUUACAUUUAAAGCACCUUUUUAGUAUGGGUUGACUGUGGUAUCAUUUCACUAACUGUGACCAUGCUUUAAUCCACUUUUGACUGGCAAACAGAAAAUGUUGAUUGACAGUUUACAUUCUUUGUAUAUUUGUGGUACAUACAUUUUUAUUAAAGCCAAUAACUUGUCCCAGACAAGGGACAAGGUAUUGGGAGAUAUUGACAAGAGCAUGCUGCAAUGAAAUGGACAUCUUAGAACUUUAUAAAAAAUUUGACUAAUUCAUUAUCAGUUUCUAAAUCAAAGAAAGUACAUUUUACCAUGACAAUGGUAAGAUUCACAGAGUGAAUUUCCACAGUGAAUUCUCAAUUAUAUUCCCAAUCCAGAACAUAAAGCAAUGUAAUUAUGACCUUUUCCAUUCUGUGUACGUACCGUUAACUGCCAAACUAAUACCCCAGCACAUUUCUCAAUUUGAACGAUCUUUUGUUUCUGAGUUUUGAGAUGGUAUAGAGGCACCGUUACCUGUUCUUUAGGUUUCUGUUUUUGUCUUGUCAUUUUGUGUCUGUGCUUCGCAGAGGGAAAGUUUUCCCUAGCUGAAACCUCAAAAGGAAUUAAUGGAAUAAAGAAUGUCAAACACUUUA